UCUCUCUCUCUCUCUCUCUCUCUUCGCGCGCCAAAACAGAAAUCCUCUCAGGGGGAGAAGAAGACUCCAUUAACAGAGGCUUCACCGCAUCCAGAGCUCUCCAGCAAACCCUAAUCACCAUUGUUUCACUGCAAGCAAAGCUGACCGAUUCUUGAAAUGACGUCUCUGCGUGCUGUCUGAGCAGUGAGCGUGCAGUGAGUGCAGCCUCUGAUAGUCCGGGUUUCUUCAUUUGCAGGGGAAGUUUGGAUAGGGUUUUUCCGGAGAUGCUAACCCGCAACCGUCUUCCGGUAGCUGAUGACGCCUGCAAGAAGGCGGCCGCUGCGAAGAAGCGUGCCCCUCUCGCCAACAUCACUAACCAAAGGGAUGUGGGAUCGACCGUCUCUGUUUCGUCUUUGUCGUCGUCGAAGAUCUUGGAGCCUUGUGCUGCUAAAGUUGCCAAGACAGAACCGCCCGCCAUCACUCAUGAUAAAAUCUUCUCCAAAAAUGCAUCUUUGGGUUCAAAGUUGAAUGCGUGCUUCCUUGCCAAGAACACACCUCUUGCGACAAAAGAUGGAGUUACAUUGAGAGUGACAAGCUGCCCUGCGAAACAGAAUGUAGAGGUUGAGUUUUUCACUCCCCCAACUGCAGAUUCUCCUCUUGGAAAUGGAAUCACGGAUACUUCACCUUGUGGGUCAGAAGGCACUAUUUCUGUGUCUGAAACCAUGUCCCCAUGCGAUUCUUUAGAAACUCUAGAUUUUGGAUAUAGUGAUGAAGAAGAUGCUUUGUCUACAACGUCUGGGAGGAGGACUAAUAAAAGUCUCCACAUAUCCGAGGAAGCACAAACUCCAGGGAAUAUAAGCAAAACGGGCGCACUUUUGGAUAGGGAAAUGAUUGAUGAGAUUAAGCUCAAGGACCCGCAGUUUUGUGCAACAAUUGCUUGUGAUAUCUAUGAGGAUUUGCGCUUAUCUGAGGUUAGGAAAAGGCCUUCCACGGAUUUUAUGGAGGGGGUCCAGAAAGACAUUACUGCAAGUAUGCGUGCAGUACUUAUUGAUUGGCUAGUGGAGGUUUCUGAAGAGUACCAGUUUGUACCUGAGACGCUCUUUCUCUCUGUAAACUACAUUGAUCGUUAUCUUUCGGGUAAUCCAGUGAAUAGGCAAAGAUUGCAAUUGCUAGGUGUCACGUGCAUGAUGAUUGCUGCCAAGUAUGAGGAGAUUUAUGCUCCUGAUGUGGAAGAGUUCUGUUACAUCUCUGAUGGUACAUACUGCAAAGAAGAGGUUUUGCGAAUGGAAUCACAUGUGCUGAGCUAUCUGAAGUUCGAAAUGACUGCACCGACAGCAAAUUGCUUCUUGAGGUGGUUUGUCUGGGCUGUUCACGAAUUUAGAGAGGCUUCUGCCAUCCAGUUGGAGUGUUUGGCCCAUUACAUUGCUGAGUUAUCACUUCUAGACUGUAGCAUGCUAUGCUAUGCUCCAUCUUUGAUAGCUGCUUCUGCUCUUUUCUUAGCCAAAUUCAUGCUUUCCCCUUCGAAGAAACCAUGGGAUUUUGGACUAGUGUGUUACACACUGUACCGACCCUCCGAUUUGUGUAAAUGUGUCAAAGCACUUCAUCGUUUAUGCCGAAAUGGACUUGAAUCAAAAGUUACUGCAGUUAGGAAGAAGUAUAGUCAGCAUAAGUACAAAUUUGUUGCCAAGAAGUACUGCCCACCUUCAAUACCUCAGGAGUUUUUCGAAGACUAAUUCAACUGUUCGAUUCUACCAAUUAUGCGUUGGAUUGCAUCACGCAUACAUGCUGAUGUUUCUACUAAUCAGUCCAAAAUGGACACAACUCUAGCAGGCCUUCAUCUCGUCAUAUAUUCACACACAGCUGGGCCUCUCCAAAGUGGAAAUCUCCUUUUGCCUCCAACUUCAGGGCUGCCUCCAUGGUGCGAUGUUGGCUUCUUUCCCCAGUGAGACCUUCUCCUUGUGAAAGAAUAUAUAGGAAGAUAGACCGCUUUCAUCUCUAUAAAUUCGACCCAUCAACUGUGUCCAUUGAAAACUUUCAUUGUACAGUUAACUAUGUCCAUUGAAAACUUUUGUGGUACAAGUAACUGUGUCAAUUGAAAACUUUCGUUGUAUAGUUAAAUGUUGAGAUUUUCAAUCA